CUUUAAUGAUAACAUAGUUAAGCAAACUUAUGAAAAACUAUACAAUGAGUGAUAAUAUACAGCCAAUUAAUUCCGAGCCUAUCAUAAAUAAGGUCAAAAUCUUUCAAGAGAGUUCUGAUAUAGAAAUGGUUGCAAAAGAUAUUAAGUCUCGUUUAAUCCUACUUAAUAACGAGAACAAUGGUAAAAAACAGAAUAAUGGUAAUCAUAAAAUAAACUGCACUUCUGAAUUGUUAGAAAAAAGUUCCGGAAGUACUAGCAUUGAACUCAAGUCUAAAAAUAUUAAUUAUAUUAAUCAAUCAGAUAAGGGAGAAGGAACUUCAUAUAUGAAUAAGAAUUGCAAUAUUAAUUACAUUAGUUAUACAAGUGAAUUACAAAUGCCAAAUAUUAUGAAAUUAAUUCAGAAAGAUUUAAGUGAACCUUAUUCUAUAUAUACUUAUAGAUAUUUUAUUCACAAUUGGCCAAAGUUAUGUUUUUUGGCAAUGGAUGAAAAGGAAUGCAUUGGUGCUAUAGUUUGCAAGCUUGAUAUCCACAGAAAAGUUACAAAAAGAGGUUAUAUAGCAAUGCUUGCUGUUGAUAUAAAAUACAGAAAACGUAAAAUUGGGUCUAAUCUUGUGAGACGUGCAAUUCAGGCAAUGAUUGAAAAUGAUGCCGAUGAGGUGGUACUUGAAACUGAGAUUACUAAUCAUCCAGCUCUACGUCUUUAUGAAAAUCUUGGGUUUGUUCGUGAUAAGCGAUUAUUUAGAUACUAUCUGAAUGGUGUUGAUGCUCUGCGAUUGAAACUCUGGCUUAGAUGAAAUUCAAUUGUAUAAUUAUAGUAAGGAUAUAAAUUACAGUUAUUUUAAUAUAAAAC